AUGGAGCUCAAUCCACUCCCGGUGAUGCUCUUGCUGGUUUCACUGAUACCAGUGGCCCAUAUUCAAGGGAGAGUUAAAGCUGUGGUGUCCAUUCAGCCUGAUACACAUGUGUUCAAUGGAGAGCAUGUUACUCUCAGAUGUGACACACAGAGAGGACGAGACACUCAGCAGCCAUACAGCUGGUAUAAGAAUAAUUCCAGAUUAUCACAGGGAGAACAUGUAGCCUUCGGAGUCCAGACAAACCAGGAGUUGUUUCUCUUGUCUGUUGGUGCCUCUGACGGUGGUUCCUACACCUGCAGUGGACAGGAUUCAGAGAUCAGUGAUGCUGUUACACUGACUGUAUCAGAGAGACCACCGCCAGUACUGCGUGUAUCUCCACAGAGCUGGCUGACUGAAGGAGACUCAGUGACUCUAAGCUGUGAGGUUACAGGCUCCUCUACAGACUGGACAUUCAGCUGGUACACAACUGUUCCCUACAGAGCCGGAUUAACUCAAAUAACAAAUAUUCAUGGCUAUAACAUGUCUGUGGAGCUCCUCUCAGACAGCAGCAGAGGAUCUGGAGGCAAAUACACUCUCAGUCCUGCUGCUCUGAAUCACACAGGAGUUUAUAUGUGCAGAGGAGAGAGAGGAGAACCAGCCUUUCACACACAGUACAGCAAUCCACAGCCUCUAUGGAUCACUGGUGAAUCUCCUCCAGUCUCUCUGAUCAUCAAUCCCAACAGAACUCAACACUUUACUAAUGACUCUCUCUCACUGAGCUGUAACUCUACUGACCAGAGUCGUUCUACUGGAUGGACAGUGAGACGAUACACACACAGUAAGGGAGUGUUAGAUUGUUCUCCAUGUAAAAUCAGCUCCCUCUCCACAUCCUACACUGGAGUUUACUGGUGUCACUCUGAAUCUGGAGAAAAUAGGAAUCCUGUUAACAUCACAGUGCAAGAUGGUGAUGUGAUCCUGGAGAGUCCUGUCCAUCCUGUGAGUGAGGGACAUCCUCAGACUCUACGCUGUUUAUAUCGAAACCCGAAGCCCUCAAACCUCCAAGCUGAUUUCUAUAAAGAUGGAUCAGUCCUCCAGACACAGACUACAGGAGAGAUGAUCAUCCAUAAGGUCUCAAAGUCAGAUGAAGGUUUCUACCACUGUAAACACCCAGAGAGAGGAGAGUCACUGAAAAGCUGGGUCUCAGUCAGAUUGCUGGUUUCACUGAUACCAGUGGCCCAUGUUCAAGGGAGAGUUAAAGCUGUGGUGUCCAUUCAGCCUGAUGCACAUGUGUUCAUUGGAGAGCAUGUUACUCUCAGAUGUGACACACAGGGAGGACGAGACACUCAGUGGUCAUACAGCUGGGAUAAGAACAAUAAUAGACUCUCCACAGCUGGAGGAUAUAUAACCUCAAAGGAGUUCAGUAUCUGGUCUGUUGGUGUCUCUGUCGGUGGUUCCUACACCUGCAGAGGACAGGAUUCAGAGAUCAGUGAUGCUGUUACACUGACUGUAUCAGAAAAACCCAAAGCGACUGUGAGAGUGAAUCCUCAGAGCUCCGUCUACACUGGAGACACCAUCACUCUGAGCUGUGAGCUGCAGCAGGGGGCUGGAUGGAAGUUUCACUGGGACAAAAAUUAUCAGUAUGUGAACACUGGAGCGACAAACACCAACACACACAAUGUGACAGUUGAUACUGAAACCGGGUAUCGGUGUAUCGCACGCAGGCGUAACGCAUGGGCAAACACAGACUACGACACAGACUACAGUGAUGAAGUCAGGAUUACAGUAAGAGAAAAACCCAAACUGACUGUGAGCGUGAAUCCUCAGAGCUCCGUCUACACUGGAGACACCAUCCCUCUGAGCUGUGAGCUGCAGCAGAGGACUGGAUGGGAGUUUCACUGGUACAAAAAGAAUCCGAAUUCGCAGUAUGUGAACACUGGAGCUACAAACACCAACACACUCAAUGUGACAGUUGAUACUGCAGGAGAAACCGUGUAUCUGUGUGGAGCACACAGGCGUGGCGCAUGGACAAACACAGACUACUACACAGCCUACAGUAAUGAAGUCAGGAUUACAGUAAGAGUAAGACCUAAACCAGUGGCAUCCAUGAAUCCUGAUAAACAGGUGUUCAGUGGAGACGCCGUCACUCUGAGAUGUGACAUACAGGAUGAAAGUGUCUCUAGCUGGCAGUACAGCUGGUAUAAAGAUCCUUCACACAGUCAUGUCAGUAGUGAACAGGUGUACACAAUCAGUGGUGUUAAAGUGACCCACACAGGUAACUACACCUGUAGAGGAGCAGAGAGAGGAGGCUCACGCUCAUCACACUUCAGUGAUGCUGUUACACUGACUGUAUCCGAGAGACCACGGGCAGUACUGAGUAUAUCUCCACAGAGCUGGCUGACUGAAGGAGACUCAGUGACUCUAAGCUGUGAGGUUACAGGCUCCUCUACAGACUGGACAUUCAGCUGGUACACAACUGCUCCCUACAGAUCCGGAUUAACUCAAAUAACAAAUAGUCGUGGCUAUAACGUGUCUGUGGAGCUCCUCUCAGACAGCAGCAGAGGAUCUGGAGGCAAAUACACUCUCAGUCCUGCUGCUCUGAAUCACACAGGAAUUUAUAUGUGCAGAGGAGAGAGAGGAGAACCAGCCUUUCACACACAGUACAGCAAUCCACAGCCUCUAUGGAUCACUGGUGAAUCUCCUCCAGUCUCUUUGAUCAUCAAUCCCAACAGAACUCAACACUUUACUUCUGACUCUCUCUCACUGAGCUGUAACUCUACUGACCAGAGUCGUUCUACUGGAUGGACAGUGAGACGAUACACACACAGUGAGGGAGUGUUAGAUUGUUCUCCAUGUAAAAUCAGCUCCCUCUCCACAUCCUACACUGGAGUUUCCUGGUGUCACUCUGAAUCUGGAGAAAACAGGAAUCCUGUUAACAUCACAGUGCAGGAUGGUGCUGUGAUCCUGGAGAGUCCUGUCCAUCCUGUGACUGAGGGACAUCCUCUGACUCUACGCUGUUUAUAUCGAAACCCAAAGCCCUCAAACCUCCGAGUUGAUUUCUAUAAAGUUGGAUCAGUCCUCCAGACACAGACUACAAAAGAGAUGAUCAUCCAUAAGGUCUCAAAGUCACAUGAAGGUUUCUACCACUGUAAACACCCAGAGAGAGGAGAGUCACUGAAAAGCUGGGUCUCAGUCAGACUCCCAGGAUUUAGAUCCAGUGGUGGAACAGUAGGAGUGGCUGUGGGUUUGGGAUUUUUGUUCAUUGCGUUACUGAUCUUAAUGAUCCUACUGUGGUCCUACAAAAGAAAGAAAGAAAAGCAGCAGAAAACCAAUCAGACAUCAGAUCAGAAUCAGAGGCGGUCAGGAGCUGAAGACUCUCAGGCAGGACACACACCACUUCAGGCUGGAACUGAACACAUUUACGACACUGUGGCUCAGGCAGAUACGAGUGGAACAGGUGAAGCUGCAACUGAGAGCAGCGAAGCCACUUACGCAAAGGUCACGAAGAAAAAGAAGGCAAACAGGAACAAUGGUGCUGAUGCUGAACAAGGUGCAGGUGUUGGUGAUGUGACUUAUGCUGAGAUUGAACUAAAACCACCAAAAAAAUCGAAGAAAGUAAAAGAGAGAGCCAGUCUGGCUGAGGAUACUGUAUACUCAGAGCUUCAGCAGAACAUGAAGUCUCUUCUCGAGCAAGGCGUGGUGAGACCGUGUACCAGCUCGUACAAUACACCUGUCAAUCCAGUACCUAAACCUGAUGGCACCUGGCAUUUUACACAGGAUUUAUGGCUCUGUGGUCCUGCAGUACGCAGACAAUCUUCUGGUAUCUGCUGAGUCACCAGAAAUCUGCCAAGACGCCUCCUUACGCCUGCUCCAACAUCUGGCGCACGAGGGCUUUAAGGUUUCCAGGACCAAGCUGCAAUAUUGCAUGGACACUUAAGUAUUUGGGGUUUGAACUUUAUCAAUUACUGCAGACAAUGUAUCCCUGACUGCUCUUUAUAUGACAAGAUUCUCCGUUUUUCAAUCUCUCAUCACGAUCCACUGCAACAUCCUUUGACCUGGACUGACGCUAUGGUGGACACUUAUCACUCUCUCAGAAGCGCUCUUUGUUCCGCCCCGGCCCUGGGUUUACCCGACUACUCCAAGCCCUUCCAUUCCUAUGCCUGUGAACACCAAGGCACAGCCUCUGCGGUG